AUGCGCCUCAACGACGGGUCGGUAGCACGGAGAUUAAGUACUCUGGGGAAGCACCUUGUGGGAGACCACUACUACGACUGUACGACGACCAACAGCUCCUCCGAUCCGAUCACUCCCAUGGCGUCCCAAGGUGCUGACGAUCGGACGAUCUCGCCGUCUCCGACGUCGGGGGGUAUUACAGGCGGUUCCGUCUUUGGUCACGUUGCGCAGGCUCCCGAGGAUCCGAUCCUUGGGGUAAUUGUCUCUUUUGAUGGUGUUUUGCUUUUUGUGUACGUCGAUCUCCGAUCUCGUGGCCUCUGAAGGCUUGCGGUUUAUUUUUCCAAUAAUUUGAGGAUGUCUGAUUUAUUGUCCUUUUCUGGCUGUCAGCCUGCCUUUGUUUUUUUCUUUUUUGAUCUGUGGUUGAGAGAUGUUUUUCGUUUUCAAUGUUGUCCUGUGGGUGGAUAGUUCCUCUGGCUUUUAUUUGGUUCCGCUAUAUCUGUUUUAUUUUGUUCAUUUUCUAUAUUUUUUAUUUUCACGUUUUUAUGCCCAACCGAUCUUAAUUUUCCGCAUAUUUGUUAGUACGUUCCCGAAAUCUUUUUCUCCUCUUUUGAUCGUCGUUUUUCAUAAUUACGUUUGGAAGCGGGCGAACGAACGGGUUUGUUCUCCCCUCUGAAUCUGCUGAUAUCUUUGCGUAUCGUGUGAUAUGUACGACCUGGGCACGCACCUUUGCUACGUCUGUUUAUGUACUGUCGUUGGUAUAAAAAUUCUUCACUACUGUUUGUAAACUCUCUUAUAAAUUUCUUCAAUUUUUUUUUGCUGUUGAAAGGUGACCGUCGCCUAUAACAAGGAUCCCAGUCCUGUCAAGGUUAACCUAGGAGUUGGUGCCUACCGCACGGAGGUGAGACGUUCACGUCAAUAUGAUCUUUUCCUGCCGGCUAUUGUCACACGUCAGUCCUUAAAAGAUAAACAUUUUACAUGUUGUUUCGACCUAUGAGUCUGUGUCAUAUCUGGUGAAUUUUAUUUAUGACGUGUAACUAUUUUUAUUUCAUUUUUUGAGCUAAUUCUUGCCAUGUGUGGUGUAUUUAUGCUUUUACAGGAAGGGAAACCCCUUGUUUUGAAUGUAGUGAGAAGAGCUGAGCAGCUAUUGUUGAACGAUCCGUAAGUUCUUCAUUUGAACAUCUUGAAACAUGUAGGCAUCUUAUUAGUUAACGGAAAUUCUUUGAGAAAGAUGGUAGAAGAAGUUCCCUCUGCAACAGAAAGGGCUUUACCUUAUAGUUUUUGGGUUGAGAGGUGUGAUGCUGAACUGUCAUAAUGUUCUUCCUGCAGGAAUCGCAUUAAAGAAUAUCUUCCUAUCACAGGGCUUGCAGAAUUCAAUAAAUUAAGUGCAAAGCUAAUUUUUGGUCAAGACAGGUACGGUAUUUCAUGGACAUCUGCCGUGGUUAUAGGGCUAUGUAUAUCACUGUUAUUGAGAUUUCUAAAUGUAAUUAUUCCUCCCAGACCCCCUUCCCCCAAGCCGGUGGGUGCGACUGUACAAUGGCUUUACUGAAAUUUUUUAAUCAUCUAAUCAAAUGAUGAUUGAAUGCCACAUUUUAACUUUAUCUUUGAUCAAGUGCAAACUGUUGUCAACCUGUGGGAAUGACUAUGACAUCCGCGAAGUUUAUUUAAAAUGAACCUGUUUUCUCUAACUAGACGGCCACAGUGUGUAUAACGAUGACAGCUUGGGAAGUUAUUUAGAAUGGACCUGCUUUUUUUUGCUUGUAAGACAUUGUUUAUGAUCAGGGAAAAUUGAUUUUACUUGGCUAUCAUUUAUUUACUUUUCAUAGUUCAACAAUUGAUUCACAAAACUGGUCUCAAAGUAAUGAUCAGAGCCAUUGACACGUUUGACAAGCUUGCAUUUAUCUACGCAUCAAUGACAGAGGUAGGGCCGUAAUGUGUAUGAAACAUAUAUCUUAGUGUAUGUUUUCUUGUUUUUGACAGUACAUUUAAUAUAUUCUUAAAUUGGUGGGUUGUGCGGAAGAUUUCAUUUUUAACUAACUCAAUGACUCUGCUUGUUCUGAUGCAGCCCUGCUAUUCAAGAAAACAGGGUGACUACUGUUCAGUGCUUAUCAGGUACAGGUUCAUUGAGGGUUGGAGCUGAGUUUCUGGCAAAGCAUUACCACGAAGUAAGCAUCUCAUCUUUCCUACCUACGUUCGUUACAGAAAAAAGAAAAUGUUUGGACUAGUCUUGUAAGGAAAUCUUGUUUCCAGCAUACUAUCUACAUUCCACUGCCGACAUGGGGAAACCAUCCAAAAGUUUUUACAAUAGCAGGAUUGACAGUGAAGACAUAUCGUUACUAUGAUCCAGCCACACGUGGAUUAAACUUCCAAGGUCCUUUUCCAUGCCUACAACAUAAAAUUUCAUUUCCAAUUUUCUUUCUUUUUUUUUCUGUUAUUUUAUCCUUAACUUUUCCAAGUGCUUUUUCGUGUGUUAUUUUAAUUGUUUAUGGAGUUUGAAUGAAUAGUAUUCAGAAGCUAUCAAAUUUUCGUGGUAUUUUCCUCGUUCUUAAUUGGAAUCGGCAUGUUACAGGUCUCCUGGAAGACCUCAGUGCUGCCCCUUCGGGUGCAAUAGUGCUUCUCCAUGCGUGUGCUCAUAAUCCUACCGGAGUUGAUCCAACUCUUGAUCAGUGGGAGCAUAUCAGGCAGUUAAUGAGAUCAAAAGGGUUGCUACCUUUCUUCGACAGUGCCUACCAGGUCCCUACUGCAAUCUAUCUAUCUAUUCCCGUAUUUUUAUCUUUUAUAAACUCACAGAGCGUGGUAAAUGGAUGCAUACGUGCAUACACUCAGACAAAAUAUCUCUGCAUCCACUCUCGGACUUGUUCCUGUACUGUGCUUUCAUGAUAUCUAUAUAUAUAUCUACACACACUUGGAUUCCUAUAAGCUAUAUAAACUAUCAGUUCCUUUUUUUUUAAUUUUCCAAUUAGGGCUUUGCUAGCGGGAGUCUAGACGCCGAUGCGCAGCCUGUUCGCCUAUUCGUUGCAGACGGAGGUGAAUUGCUUGCAGCACAAAGCUAUGCCAAGAAUAUGGGCCUUUAUGGGGAACGUGUUGGUGCUCUGAGCAUAGUAAGACUCAUAGAACUAUCCGAGUUCCUUCCAUACUGAAAAUCUUGAUCUGAUUUCUUUGAUUAUCUGAUAUUGUGAUUCCAUCAUUUCCAAAAUGGGGCGACAGACGUCCACAUCAUCGAUUAAAGUUGUAACGAAAAGCCAUCUAAUCGUCGCUCAUGAGAUCCUGUUCCUGUGACCGGGGCGGGCUCGCAGAAGCUAGGCUAAUAUAUAAAAGAAAAUCCAUAUUAAAUGAUGCAUUUUUCGGCUUUAUAUUUUUAAUAAGAAUAAUAUCCUGACAGAAAUUAGAUGACUCUUAGCCUGAUGAACGUCGUUCUCUCUUCACCUUCCAGGUGUGCAAGACGAGGGAUGUGGCAGUGAGGGUUGAGAGCCAGUUGAAACUUGUCAUCAGGCCGAUGUACUCUAAUCCUCCUAUCCACGGUGCAUCCAUUGUCGCCACCAUCCUCAGGGACAGGUAAUAUAGGAAAAUUAAUAUCGGCCUCCGCGUGAAUAAUUCCUUCAAAUGCAGGGGGGGUAUGCGAAAAAAAUCAUAACAAGAACAAUCCAUGUGUAUUUAUUUUCGAUUUUACACCCUUUUUGCCCUGGUCAAUGAUCCUGUCAGCUCGAUCGGUGGAAGCUUCUGAUAAUGCUGAGAGCUGUGUACUUUAAUGGGUUGGGUUCGUUUUAUGGUGGAUGAUUCCUUUGCACUUGGAUUGCAGAGAAAUGUACGGUGGAUGGACGAUCGAGCUUAAGGCCAUGGCUGACCGUAUCAUCAGCAUGCGUACCCAGUUGCAUGAAGCUCUGCUGGCCAGAGGUGUGUGGACAAUUUUGCCCUCCACAUCUUUCAUUCAUUCGUUGAUGUUCUCAUUUUAUAUACACAAUCUUGCAUUCAUUGAUCCUUUGGAACACAUUGAUCCACCUGUUCAUCUUUUUGACCUUCAUUCAACCCCUCUGACACCACCUGAACAAACAACUCCUGAGAAAAUUUAGAGAGAGAGUAGAUGAUGGGCAUGCGCCAUUACUAUUUCAAGGUCCAGUCGUCUGUGUCGCUGCUGAUCAAUCUUCCUCCUCUUUUGACUUUUCCAGUGGAAAAACUGAGACCUUCAACCCGGACACCUAGACAAACACCUCCUGACAAACUUGAGAGAGAGAGAGAGAGAGAGAGAGAGAGAGAGAGAGCAGUGUAGACGAUGGGCAUGCGCCAUUACUAUUUCAAGGUCCUAUAGAUCAUCUUGCUCCUUUUCGUGCAGGGACCCCGGGUGACUGGAGCCACAUAAUAAAGCAGAUUGGGAUGUUCACAUUCACUGGGCUCAACACAGAUCAGGUGGCCUUCAUGACGAAGGAGUACCACAUCUACAUGACCUCAGACGGGUAAGUUCCAUCUUCCUUCUUCCUGUUGACUUUUUUACGGGAGUCAAACCCCUCAAUCAAUACCUUCCGCACCCCCCGCCGUUCUUGGGGUUGAAUUCUGUUCCAAAGAUAGAAUUAUUCCUCCCCAGUUGACCAAUUCACCGCGGCGCCGUGCUCAUCUGUUUCUUUCUGCUUCCCUUCUCCACAGGAGGAUCAGCAUGGCGGGCCUCAGCUCUCGCACGGUGCCUCACCUCGCUGACGCCAUCCACGCCGCUGUCACCGGCGCCGUUUGA